AAUACUUUUCCGUGCAGGUAAUGGAAAGAAAAGUGCUUCCAUUCUGCAGAAAGCGCUGACAUCAAAUGCAAAACCAGUUGAACUUCUGCAGAUGGCAAUGAAGAAUUUAAAAUCUGGAAAAAUCCAACUUCUGUCUGAAACUAAAGAGAAAUUUGCAGAUUCAGCAGUUGCUUUCAGUGAUGGUGGAAAUAAGGAGGAGGAGAAUCCACUGAGAAUGUCCACUAAAAAAGCACAGCCUAAACCAUACACUAUGGAGAGUUUAUCUGAAUGGAAGGCUCCUGCAAAUGUCAACAGACAGGCUUCUCCAGAGGAAAAUAAGCAUGCUGUAGAUCUUAUUCCUACUCCACGUCCUCUUCAGUCACUCAGAACUCCCUCUGCCUCGGCUGUCUCAGUUUCUUCCAGGAUAAAUCAAAUUAGUUUCUGCCAGACACCAAACCACAAAGACUAUCAUGCAAACAGUUUUGUUACGCCUGUAGUGAAACAGCGACCAGCUAUUGCGUCUGUUUCAUCUCAGAGGGUCGGCCAUAUUCAAUUACCCUGCACCCCACAGAGUCAGAUGUCAUUUUUCCAGCAGACCCAACAAGGUCCUAUGGGUACUAUCUCUAAUGAAUCCAUCACCAUUAAAGGCAGACAGUUCUUCAUUUUAAAGAUGAUCGGCAGAGGUGGUUCCAGUAAGGUGUACCAGGUUCUGGAUGAAAAGAAACAUCUGUAUGCUGUAAAAUAUGUGAACCUCGAGGAAGCAGAUGCCCAGACAGUUGAAAGUUACAAGAAUGAGAUCGAGCACCUGAACCACCUCCAGCAGUACAGUGACCAGAUUAUCAAACUGUAUGACUAUGAGAUCACAGACAGCUACAUCUAUAUGUUAAUGGAGUGUGGAAACCUGGACCUCAACACAUGGCUUCGCAACCGCAAGACUGUCAACUCACUGGAAAGAAAGUUCUACUGGAGGAACAUGCUUGAAGCAGUGCAGACUAUCCAUAAGCAUGGAAUUGUACACAGUGACCUAAAGCCAGCUAAUUUCGUCAUUGUCAAUGCCUCACUGAAGCUCAUUGACUUUGGCAUAGCAAACCACAUUCAGCCAGACAUGACAAGUGUUAUGAAGGACUCGCAGGUGGGGACACUAAACUACAUGCCACCAGAGGCUAUUAAAGACACAUCAUCUAAAGGUGGAAAACCAAGGUCAAAGAUUAGUCCAAAGGGAGAUGUCUGGUCACUUGGAUGUAUACUGUAUUGUAUGACCUAUGGAAAAACCCCUUUCCAAAACAUCACCAACCAAAUCGCCAAGAUCCAUGCUAUUAUUGAUCCAUCCCAUGAGAUUGACUUUCCAGACAUUCCUGAGAAGGAUCUAGUAGACGUACUGAAGCGAUGCUUGGUGCGAAAUCCCAAAGAGCGUAUCUCGAUUGCAGAACUGCUUGAUCACCCAUACUUACAACUGCAACCUCAGAGACUGCCCGAGCCAGUGGAACCAUGCAACAAUGACCUAAAAAGAAUUCUGAAUGAGUUGGCUGCUUUACAAUCCCCAAACAGCAUCGCAAGAGCUGCUAGUAACCUAGCAAAGAUGUGCAACAGCGGGAAGAAGCUGGACGUUUCCGAGUGUGUCCGGAGCUCCAGUCAGACUUUGUGGAAGUGAAUAUGCUGAUGUAGAAGUUGCAUGAAUAGUUCAUAAUGAUAAUUUGACAACACAACACCUAGUGACUUGGAUAUCUUUUAAAAUGAAUAUUUCACAUCAGAUUUAGGUCAUCUGUUGACCUAAAUAAUAAGAACAAUCACUUGAGUGACUUGUAUUAUAUAUCAAGUUUCAGUCCUAUAGUUAUCUACAGUUUGAAUUAUAUUGAAUUCAACUCCCUCUCCUUUUUAACUGCCUCUUGCCAGUGUUUUCUUUGUUAUGUUUAAACUUCUUCCCAAAUAAACUUACCAUUAUGGUAUAGUAAACUAUAAGGGAUAUUUCUGUGGUACUGUAUAAGAUGUAGAGAGUUUUGAUAUGUAUUCAUAAUUUUAGAGGUCAUAGCUGUACAUAAUUUUAACAAAAUAAACAUGUAUCUAAG